GCGCUGCUGUAUCUUUACUCAUACCCUUUGUAUUCAUUCAUUCCUUGUAAAGCCUAUACCCUGAGCGUAUCUUGUAUCUAUCAUGUCUCUCAAUGAAUCCAGCGAGGAUCCGAGAUUCAUAGUGUGGUUUGACAUUGACAAUACCUUGUAUUCGGCGAGCACUCGAAUAUCACAGGCAAUGGGACAGCGUAUUCAUGCAUAUUUCGUCUCUCUCGGUCUUUCCGAGGAAGAAGCCUCGGGGCUUCAUCACAAAUACUAUACAGAAUAUGGUCUUGCACUUCGUGGCCUAACUCGCCAUCAUGAUAUUGAUCCGUUGGAUUUUGAUCAGAAGUGCGAUGGGACCCUCCCCUUAGAAGAGAUGAUCGAGCCAAACCCCGCGUUGCGUAAAAUGUUCCAGGACAUAGAUAGAAGCAAAGCCCGCGUAUGGGCUUUGACGAAUGCCUAUAAACAU